CUUGUAUUUAAAAUUUCAAGCCUCAAGUCAACUCGUGUUUAUGUAAGUGCAGUGAAAUGAAAGAAAGAAAGAAAGAAAGAAAGAAAGAAAGAAAGAAAGAAAGAAAGAAAGAAAGAAAGAAAGAAAGAAAGAAAGAAAGAAAGAAAGAAAAAGAAAGAAAGGUUUUGUCUCAGUGGCGAGCAUCAGCGGAGCGCACAGGUGAGCUGUGACGUCACGUGCAGGUGAUACGUCGCUGGGCGGUGACGGUCGUUAAGAGAGAGAGAUCCGUUAUUAAAAUCAUUACACACAGAAUCAUAACGCGCGCGCGCUCUGUCCUGUUCAGUGUGUUCGUCACACAGAGAAUAUUAUUGAUCCACGUGAACUUUGGACUGACAAACACAACGAGCUCAACGAGAACAUGAACGUGAAGAAAGCGACGUGCGUGAGAGCUGAAUGAGACAUUCAUGGAGCCGAAGCGGAACCCGAGAUAACAGUUCGGUUCGGGUCAGGGAUGGAGCUAGAAAACGCUUUCACAGCGAAUCCGAGUCCGGAAAACAGUGUGUCUCGUGCAGGACAUAAGAGAAGUUGCUCGAACGCUGUCAUCAUCAUCAUCUUCAUCAUCAUCAUCCUUAUCCUGACAGCAUCUUCAUCUCUUAUCUGGUAUUUUAUUGAGUACAGGGUUUGGGUUCUGGAGGCACGUGUGAUUCAGCAGUACACCGCCAGUGUUUCUAUACUCAAUCACAACUUCACCAGAGAUCUGUCCAAUCACCAGACCUCUGACUUCACACUUCAGUCCAAACGUGUGCAGAACAUGGUGGAGAAGCUGGUGAAGUCCACAGAUCUGUCCAGAUACUUCAACUCCACGCUGGUGUUUGCUUUCGGAGACGGGAGUUUGGUGGCACAUUUCUGGCUGAUUCUGUCCGUUCCCAGCAGUCAGAGAGAUGAUGUGAGCGUUCAGCGAGUCAAUGAGAGUCUGUACAGAGAGCUGCAGCGCUUCCCACAUACGCCACACAUCUCCUCGUAUGAGGGUUUCCAGAUCCUCCCGUCAUCUCUCAGUGUAACCGAAACCACCCCCAAAGUUAUAGAGCUUUUUCAAGCUUCAUUUGAUUGUUAUCAUUAUAAGUGGGUGGAUUCCACAGACGCUGUGAUUCUGGAGGGGCCGAAUACUCAGCGCUCGUCCUGUCUGUGGCACCUGAGGGCUCCGGCGGGGUCACGGCUCGAGCUGAGGGUCCAGUGGCUCCUGACCGAGUGUCGGGACAGACUGAUCAUCUACGACUCGCUCACGCCGACAGAUUCACACCUCAUCACCUCUCUGUAUGGCUGCAGCAGGUCCGAGCAGACGCUUCAGGUGUUGUCGUCUGAUGAGUGGAUGACUGUAGUGUGGAAACAGGGCCUGUAUCAUUAUAAUGAUCCUUUCUCUCUGAGCGCUCGAGCCUGGCCUCCUAGCGAUUGUUUCUUCACUGUUGUGUUAGAGGAGAGAUCUGACGUUCAGGGGAUUUUACAGACGCCCUUCUACCCCAGUUAUUACCCCCCCGACAUGAACUGCACCUGGAUCUUUACUGUGCCGUCUGUGGAGUUCGGUGUGACGUUGGCCUUUGAGGGAUAUGAACUGCACCGAGCCGGUUACUCUCAGACUUGCACGCAGGGAAAAUGGAUCAUCCAGAACCGCAGGUUGUGUGGGGUUCGAGUGCUGCAGCCGUAUGCAGAGAGAAUCUUCCUCCUGUCCUCCACCGCCACCGUCGCCAUGACGUCAGAGGUGUCACUCACAGGCCCAGGGUUACAGGUGACCUACAGCAUCUUCAACCAAUCAGAUCCGUGUCCCGAUCAGUUUCUGUGUCACCUCAACGGUCUCUGCGUUCCGGCGUGUGACGGCAUCACCGACUGUCCCAACGGCCUGGACGAGAGAAACUGCGUGUGUGUGGCUCAGUUUCAGUGCACAGAGGACAGUCGGUGUGUCGACUACUAUAAAGUGUGUGACCAGCACUCCGACUGCAGCGAGGGCAGCGAUGAACACAACUGUACUCAUGGUGUACCGUGUUCAGACAUGACGUAUGUGUGUGGAGACGGAACAUGUUUGAAGAAACCAAACCCAGAAUGUGACUUUAUCACCGACUGCCCAGAUGAAUCUGAUGAGAGAUACUGCGACUGUGGACUGAGACCCUUCAGCAGUCGUGUGGUGGGCGGGGCUGAUGCUGUGGAGGGGGAGUGGCCUUGGCAGGCGAGUCUGCAGGUCAGUGGUCGUCACAUAUGUGGAGGAGCUUUAGUGUCCAGCCAGUGGAUCAUCUCUGCUGCUCACUGUUUCUAUGACGACAGACUGUCGUCCCCGUCGGUUUGGACCGUGUAUCUGGGUAAACUCCGUCUCAAUGGUAACAGUCAGACAGAGGAAGCCGUGCGGUUGUCUCACAUUCACCUGCAUCAUUACUAUGACGAUGAGACGCAUGAUUAUGAUGCGGCGCUGCUGCGGCUGGUUCGGCCCGUGUGGUCCGGGACUCUGGCUCAUCCGGUCUGUCUUCCUCCUGUGACACAUCAGUUGGAGCCGGAUCUUCUGUGCUGGGUGACGGGCUGGGGCGCGCUCAGAGAGGGAGGUGAACACAUCAACCAGCUUUCUCUCUAUUCUCUUCACUCUACACUCUCUGUCUCUGUCGCCAUCUUUGUUUGAGAGAUAAAGCGGCAGGUCAAACUGUCACUCUCACUCUCUCUCUCUCUCUCUC